AUGAAGAUCUCAGUCGUUGCAUUCUCUCUUCUCUCAGCUGUAGCUCUCGCUCAGACCACUGGCCAGCUAGGCGAUGCUGCAGUCGUCAACAACAACCCCGCUGGCGUCUCCUACCAAGCCGUCCUCCCAGAGCGAGCCAACACCAACAUCCGCGGCUACAUCACGGGAACCUCAAAUGCAAACGGUACUGGUGUACAAUGGAACUUGAAUAUCUACGGCCUCCCAGACGCGUCUCUUGGUCCAUUCUUGUACCACAUCCACGACCAACCCGUCCCCGCCAACGGGAACUGCACCGCCACUCUCGCCCACCUCGAUCCCUACAUCCGCGGUGAAAGACCUCCCUGCGACCGUAGCAGACCCCAAACCUGCCAAGUUGGCGACCUCUCAGGCAAAUACGGCGACAUCCCCGCUACCGGUACCUACCAGACCUCGUACCUCGACCUCUUCACCUCCACCCGGCAAGGACCCGCCAGCUUCUUUGGCAACCGAUCUGUCGUCAUCCACACCGCGAACACCACGAGAUUGACCUGCGCCAACUUCCAGCUUGUGUCCUCUGGCAGCAAUGCGACGACAAGUUCCACGGGCGGUGGUGCUGUGGGCAGUCCGACGGUGACGAGCCCGCCGAUCGCUACCUACACGGGUGCGGCAGCGCAGAAGUUGGUCAGCGGUGCGGCGGUGGUGGCCGGGCUGCUUGCUUUUGCUUUGUAA